AGACGUCUCAGUACUGUACACGGCGUAGGAGUUUCUCUGAUGUAACGGGGGUGAACUAUGUCGACACAACGCCACAGAAACCAGUCUAAUAUUGGACAUUUUGUCGCUUUUUUCGGGAAUUAUGGACAACCAGACUCAACUGUCGGCUGCGGGGAGACACAGCGCAACUUAUAGUCUCCCUGUUUAAUUUAUCGCAACAGAGACUCUAACCCUAACAGAGACUCUUCUGUUUUUUUCGGUGCUGAUUUCGGCGAAGAUUUCGUCACUUUUCACAACAAAAUUUCUCGGCAGAUACUCACACUUGGGUUGCCGGGCGUACACGACUGUGAAAGAGGAGCAGAAGCUCUUCCUCCGACCAGGAGCACUUGACGCCUCUUCUCCUCUCCUUCAGCGGGCCCUCCACCCACCAGCCACAGGGAUGACCCUAGGAACGGUGUCCGGCUCUGACAGCUCGUCGGCGGUCAGCUUCUGCUCCUGCUGCGGCGCGAAGAUGGUGCCCUACUUCAGCGACGAGGCAGGGGUUUCCAAGAAUCAGAUCAACCAGUUCAUCAGUGAGAGUUUCCUCACAGUGAAAGGUGCAGCCCUCUUCCUCCCCAGGGGGAAAAGCCCCACGUCCAACUCUGCACCUCGCAUCAGCCAGCGCAGGAACAAGCAUACGGGCGACCUCCAGAAGCAUCUUCAGACCAUGUUCACUGUGCUGCGGCCUGAGGACACCAUACGACUGGCCGUGCGUCUGGAGAGCUCCUACCCUCAGGUGACCCGUUACAUGGUGGUGGUCUCCACCAACGGCAGGCAGGACACAGAGGAAAGCAUUGUGCUCGGCAUAGACUUUGUCUCCUCAGACAGCUGCUGCACCAUGGGGCUGGUUUUACCUCUGUGGAGCGACACUAGGAUUCACUUGGAUGGAGACGGAGGUUUUAGUGUAUCAACAGUGAACAGGGUUCAUGUCUUCAAGCCGGUGUCUGUCCAAGCCAUGUGGUCCGCCCUGCAGUCGCUGCACAAAGCUUGCGAGGUGGCCCGCUGCCACAACUAUUACCCAGGGAGCCUGUUUCUGACCUGGGUCAGCUACUACCAGAGCCAGGUUUCAUCCAGCCAGCUCUGUGUCAACGAAUGGAACGCCAUGCAGGAUGUCGAGUCGCACCGUGCCACCUCCCCCAUCCUCUUCACCGACCUGCCAACAGAGAGGGAACGCACGGAGAGGCUGAUCAAGAUGCGCCUCAGGGAAAUCAUGAUGCAGAAGGACCUGGAGAACGUCACCAGCAAAGAGAUCCGAACAGAGCUGGAGAUGCAGAUGGUGUGCAACCUGAGGGAGUUUAAGGAGUUCAUAGACAACGAGAUGAUCAUCAUCCUGGGACAGAUGGACAGUCCAACGGAAAUCUUUGAUCACGUCUUUCUGGGUUCUGAGUGGAACGCCUCCAACCUGGAGGAGCUGCAGAACAGCGGAGUGCGCUACAUCCUCAAUGUGACCAGGGAAAUAGACAACUUUUUCCCGGGAAUGUUUGAAUACCACAACAUCCGAGUUUAUGACGAGGAGGCCACCAACCUGCUGGAAUACUGGAACGACACAUACAAGUUCAUCACCAAAGCCAAGAAAGCUGGAGCUAAGUGUCUGGUUCACUGUAAGAUGGGCGUGAGUCGCUCCGCCUCCACGGUAAUCGCCUAUGCUAUGAAGGAGUACGGUUGGGAUCUGGACACUGCCUUUGACUACGUGAAGGAGAGACGGACCGUCACCAAGCCAAACCCGUCCUUCAUGAAGCAGCUGGAGGAGUAUCAGGGAAUCCUGCUGGCCAGCAAACAAAGGCACAACAAGUUGUGGCGCUCCCACUCUGACAGUGAACUGUCAGAUCACACUGAGUCCAUGUGCAAGCCAUUAUCUCCCAUGCUGGUCCGCGCCGACUCUCACAACAACAACACCACCACCACCUUCUCGCCCUCCUUGCAUCACUUUCUUGGCGUGGCCGUCCUGCAUGCCCUCAGCGCUGAACCCAAAAGCUGUGCCGAAUCAGUUGACUCACACGGCUCUCGUUUGCACACGCUCUCCAACGGGGUUGGAGAGCCACCGCUCCAGGAGCAGGUCGGACCCCAGCCUCCUCUCCCCAGACCCAGAGCAGCCACAGUCAUACCUGAAGAAAAGCUGGACAGCUGGGAAAGGGUGGCUGUUACUGUGCCUGUGGCUCUGCCGCACCCUCCACCUUCACUCCAUGUCUUGCCUCCUACGCCUGAACUCCAGCGGCACCACCGAGUUCCUCCCACGCAACUGUCCAUUUUAGAAAAACGCAAACAAUUCGAGCUGUCCCUCAGCUUACCAGAGACGGGCAGCUCAGAGGAAAUCUCUCCGCUCACCCUGGAGUCCAGUGACUCUGACGAACUCAAUAAAUCACAGUCAGACUUUACCAGUGACAAACAGAGCCCGCUCGGCCCUCUACCUCUUCUUCUUAGCCUCGCUCCGAGUGACGACAACAACAAUCCAAGCGAGCCGCAGGCAGACAGCCCCUUAGACUGCCGCAGCGAGGCCGACGACUCAUCCAACCACAGCUCAGACAGCAUCGACUUCUUCAGCGCCAGGGAAAAGUUUCUGGGCUUGGCUCAGGAAGGUCCAACGCGGACACAGGCAGAGCAGCCGCAGCAGAGAUCGCCCCUGUCGCCUGAGGGAGAUGCAGAGGUUAAAGACGACGAGAAGCAAGAGAAUGGGACCAGUCAGUCUGAGGACACCUCUGACCCAACUUGUCCCUCUCACCAUGACAAUGGAAUAUCAGUCCGCCACAUUGUCAUUGAGAUUGAAGCCAUAUCACACUCAGCCUUUACUCCCUCUAGUCCCUCCUCCUCAUCACCGUCACUCCCUUCAUCCUCUCUCAGCUCCCAGCCUCUCCAGUACGAACAGCAGGAGGUAUCAGAACCCUCCCCAGUCAUGCACGGCUCUUCACCUCCCUCUUCGCGGCCUUCGUCUCCCUCCAGGCUACCGUGUGACCAGCAGGCAGGUUCGGUUCGUCGGGCUACCAAGCAUCUGGAGCAGAAGCUAAAGCUGGAGUUGGCAGCGGCCCAGCAUUCCCCGCUGCAUUCACCCAGCGCCGAGCAGCCUCCGGUCAGGCUGGCACUGUGCUCCCCAACCACCGAGCUUCCUCCACCCCUGCACCCUGCAGAGCAAACACUCACUCAGGAAGAGAACACAGAUGGUUUUGCCGAAUCCAAAGAUGUAGAGGAGCGUAAAGGAAUUCAAAUACUUGAUUCCUCAAGCACAAGCAACAUCACAGACCCGCCAUGCACCCCUGACUCGCAUAUCAGCCAAGAUUCUGGGGCUAUACCUGGCGUUACGCACACAUCCAUAAACAGCAAGAUGCUGACAUCAUCACAUGCCUCUACUAUUCAGUUAGUGGAAUCAUCUCCAGAUACCUCAGCCCAGUCUCACAGACUGGGCCAGCUGCACAGCCAAAACCUGCAGGGUCCAGCUGCUUUGAAUCUGGACGGGGUGACGGAGGAGGAGUCUGAAACAGACUGGAGUCCUCAGGGCGGCCAGGCGACUUGUGGACCCGGCUGUGAAGCCCAGAGCAGGCUGGCUCGCAGCAGCCAGGAGCUGGAGCACAUUCAGCAGACACUCGAAGAGCUACAGGCUUUUCUUCAGGAGGGUGUCGGACUGGAGCAGCCUCAGAGGCUGACGGACACAACGGACACGGAGUCAGGACAUUAUAAAGGUUCAAAUUGUGAUCAGAGCCCCCCAUGCCUGGCAGUUAGACAGCGGCUGAAAGAGAAACCCGAGAGGAGGGGUCUCAGUGAGCCCCCAGGGUGGCACAGAACCAUGGAGCUGGAGGCUCGUAUGCGGCAGGUGGGCCUCACCCCCCCUUCCCUUAUGAAGAGAUCAGCGUCUCUGGCUAAACUGGACAGCCUGGAGCUGUCCGCAAACGACCUCUGCGACCUGGACCUGAGGCCACACUCUGCAUCAUCAUCAUCAUCAUACUCCCAGGACUCUUCCUCUUUGACACAGUCUCACCCGGACGACACCUGGAAGAAGCAGAAGGUGCUGUCUCUCAACACUUGUGAAAAACCCCUUCUGUCUCCUGAUGACACAUCUUCGCCCCCGUCCCACUUAUCCUCCCCCAAAGAAGACAAAAGCGAGGGCGACGAAAUCAACAGCCGCAGUAGCAGCGGCGCAUCGGCGUCGUCUCAGCAGGGCAGGGGACACUCGUCGAGACGUGCUCGAAAAGCCUCCGCAGAGAGAAAACGAGCCAUCGCUCUGCUUUACAACACCAUGUGACCUCAUUGCAACGGACUGGAGCGGACAUGACUGGAGCUGUGUGGAAGAGGCCAUGUGUGAAUGAGGAGCAGGUGAAGUGUGUGAGCUCCAGAAUGUGUGUGUAGGGUGGAAAGGAUGUUUGCAUGCAAACCACUGGAUGUUUUAACUGGAGUACAGUAAUAUUAUAUGAAUGUGCAAACUAAGACUGAAGUAGUGCAAACUCUGCACUCCGUUUGUGUCUGUUUUUUUUGUUUUGUUUUGUUUUAAACGAGCGUCUGUUUUGAGUGUGAGACCCUCGUUGCCUGUUCAAAGUUUGUAAAACUGCAACCAGAGCGGCGUUUUUUUCACAACAUGCACUUUACCACGUAGAUGAUUUUUGUGUCUUUUUAUUUGGAAUCUGUUUCUUACGCUGGGAAAGCUCGUUUUGCACUGUUCUCAGUAGACUUGUCUCUGUGGUUCUGGACUUGUCUUUACACAGAUUUUUAAUUAAACCAGGAUGAAGCUGAUACAUUGUUGUCGUUUUUUUUUUAUUAUUCUGUGCUUUAGCUGUAAAUAAAUAUGGGAAGUAUGUUUUGGCUGCA